UGAGUUGUUUUUUGUUUAAAUGGUUGUUAAUUUUUAAAUUUUCUUUUAAUUUCUGUAAUGGUUUGUUUAAAUUAUAAUGUUUGGUUUGAUGUUAAUGUUUUGUUAUAAAAAACAGUGUUUAGUUUAUUUUGAUAUAUUUUAUUAAGAUUUUAUUUUAUUUAGAGAUAGAAAAAUGUAUUCGAUGAUAUUUAAUUAGUUUGGAGGCUGGAAAUUGCUGGAUUUUUUUUGAAAAGGAGUAGAUUUUUUAAAAAUCAGCAAUACGCCCCCCCUGCGUGCUAGAAUCCGAUAAUCCCCCCUACGAGCGAUUGGCUGUGGUGGUGGAAGUCGGAGAAUUUUUCAGCUGGUUUCCCGUAAAGUGUAAACAACAGGAGACGGCAAUGGUUUCGACUUUGGUGAUAGCACCAACGGAUAAAGUCCUGUGAGGUGGCAUGGGGCAGUUUUAGCCUACGAGGCCGAAAAUCGAACGCUCCACCAUCACAGAAUCGCCCUUGCCCUUGGCCGUACGCUGCGAGGACUGGACGAAAUCAGACGAAAUGGACAGCGGUACCGAGUCACUCGCCAUUUUGGAUACCCUGCUCAAAGAGUUCUUCGACUACAAGACCACCAACGAAAGGAAACAGGAAAUUGAAACUGUUCUGGGCGAAUUCGGCAACCAGAGGGACGCCUGGAAGCAUUGCAUAUACUACUUGAACCACACGGCGAAUCACUAUGUCUGCAUGUUCUGCCUGGCGACCCUAGAGAAAAUCAUCACCAAACAAUGGCUUCAACUCAUGUGGGAAGAACGAUCUCAGUUGCGGACACUUCUGUAUCAAUACACUCUUCAGCGGCAUGCUCUUGUUCCUGUCUUCAUCAGGAACAAACUUUUAAAGCUGGUUGUUGACAUUGCACGACUUGACUGGCCACACUUUUACCCGGAUUUCUUCACGAGCAUUCUUACUCUUAUGGAUGGAGCUGACAGUAAAAUCUUAGGGUUGGCCUUUCUCCAGACUGCUUCUGAAGAGUUGAUUUGCCCAAGAGAAGAUCUAAGUGCAUCUCGCAAAGAAGAACUAAAACGUUUGUUUCUUGCACACAUUCCCCAAGUAUUUAAUACUAUUACAGGUGUUUUGGAUGAAGCUAAGAAUAAAGGUGAUGGAGAAAACCCAGUUGUAUUGGCUGCACUUCAAGCUCUUUCUCAUCUUUUCUCCUGGAUCCCAUUGGCGGAUGUUAAUUCACUUCCUUUACUUUCACUGAUAACCCAUUUUGCUUCACAGCAGGAUGCUAGUGGACUUCAUGGUUUAUCAGCUUUGAACGAAUUGCUAUAUAACAAUUGUGUACCAGGGACAUUCCAAAAUUCGCUCCUUUCCCUCUGUGUUCACAACAAUUCUCUUUUGAGGGCAGCUUUGACUACGUUGACCACUAACAUGGGUACCAUCGACCCAGAGUACAUGAGUAAGUUGACUGAAAUGACAAGACUUUGUGUUUCUGUGCAUUGGCACAGAGUGGAAUCAAGCCCAGGGUUUCCUGUUCUUGAAUUCCUUUCAUCGUUAUUCCAGUUUACAUUCCAACAGCCUUCUCUCGAAGGAUUUUAUAUGACACUAGAUAUUUGGAAUUCUCUUCUAGACUAUCUUCAGCUUAAAGACACAUCCCAUAUCGCUAAGUAUGAAGAGGUUUUAGUAACAUUGGUUCAUGCUUUGCUUAAAAAACUCCAAGGACAUAGAGAUCUCGAUAAUGAAAUGCUAGACAACAAUGAAGAGUCUGAAAGACAAAAAUUUUUAAGACAGUGCAUUGAAGUUAUUGCUAAAGUAGCAGAACUUGCUCCGACUCAGACCUGCACAUUAGUUCUUGAAUGCUGGCAGCCUUUGAUGUCACAAUACUCUUCACUACUUUGUGGAGGAACAGCCAACGAAAACCUCGGUGAUAACGGCGAGUGGAUUGACGACUGCUCUGCACUGACGCAAUGUGUCGCUCGUUUAUAUUCUCAGAUGCUCGCAGCAGCCGUUCCGCACAACUUGGCAUCCUUAUUUGCCAACCUUGCAGCCCAGGCGACGCAAGCGAGACUCCAUGAAAGACAGCUUUACCACACGAUUUCUCCUCAUCUUAUUGAAUUGCAUAGCCAAAUAAUUGCUGGUCUGAAUGCCUGCAUGUGUGAAAGCAUAGUUGAGACGAGCCUCUCAGCAGUUCUUCCACUGCUCAUCGAACCUACGGCACCUAAACUCCAGCAUUCAUCUGCACAUGUAUUGAAUACAAUAUGUUUGCAACGAGCUCCACAACGUUCGUUGGAUCAGUUGUAUACCCUGUUUACUACAAAUAUCUCUCAUCUUCCCAAAGAUACGUUGAGCGUUGUUUAUUGUGCUCUGGUGCGAUGUCUUCUCAGCUGGAAAUGGGAUUCAGAUUCAACAAGGGUACAACUUCUGGCAGGUCUUAUUGAGACAAUGACACCAUCAGGCGGUCCAAUGCAGCUCCAAGACCUUUCCCAUAUCACCGCUGUACUUUUGCAUGCCAAACCAGACACGAGUUCUUCUAAGAAACUACUUUUUACUGCAGUUCAGCCUGUACUUCAACAAGUUCUGAACGACUUCCCGCGAAUUCUGAAAACCAAACCAGAACAGUGUAACGCUAUGCUAACAUUGUUUCUUGAAGCGUUUCGCACACUGCAACAUCAAAUGGGUGCACAAUUUACGCAAAGAGCAGUGCACACAUUUAUCAGUUCAUUUACGCAGUGUGAAAUAUCGGAGAUCAGUUGUGGUGUGGACAAACUACUUCAACUUUUGACCCUUGUCAUUGAACAGCCAGCUGCAUCUUUUAAACACUUCGUUCCAAGCUGUAUCGCAUUGUGUCUUGAAAAUAUUCUUCCGUCAGUAACUGAAGCGACCAGCGGAACAAUAAAACCACCAUUGUACCACUUACUGUCAAGUCUGGUGAUGCAUAAGUGGCAGUAUUUCUACCAAGGAGCUGUUCAGGAUUGCCAGCCUGUUUUAGAACAUGGUGACCAAUUAGCGGCAAUUCUGACUGCCUUCGGCCAAUCAUUGACCCAGCAGGACAUUUCCAUUUUUUCGCAGAACCUCCAGGCCUUGGAAUCAAUUAACCACAAGUGGAAAUUGUACCACAAAGAAAUGUUCAGGGUGCAGUUUUUGGCCCUGCUCCUUACGGUCCUUCUUACGACACUCAUCAACAAAAGCCAUGCACUGUUGAGUGACGAAAUCGCCACUGCAAUUUACAACAUGGCCGCCGUCAAUUUUGACACUUUCUUCAACAGUUUCCUCCCCACAUUUUUAUCGCAGACUUCUGGAUUGGAUGAAAACCAAAGAGACAUUCUUAAAAAGAACAUCAAGCCAGAUACGGACCUUCCAUCUUUUACCCAAAACAUAUUUCGUUUGGCUAAUGAUGUCCGUUGCUAUAGGCUUUGUAACACCUGAUCUUCAAACAGCAGGUGGACCAAUACAAACUAAUUAUAUAGUAUGAUGCAUUAAUUCAUUCCAAUAUUAUAUAUAUCUAUAUUAAGUAGUGGUUUUUAUUCCAUUGUGUUUAUUCUGAUAAAACAUAUAGGAGUGAAUAUGUUCUUCCUCUAUAUUUAGUUAUUUAAAAAAAUAUACAGUUGACUCUUGUUAA